AUGUCACUACAGGAGAACUUCGAUAAAGCGGUUGAGGACGUGAAGAACCUCAACGCAACACCCGCCGAUGCCGAUCUGCUGGAGAUCUACGGUUUGUACAAACAGUCUACAGUCGGUGACUGUAACACGGAAAAGCCGGGCUUCCUAGAUUUCAAGGGCAAAUCCAAGUGGGAGUCCUGGAACGGGCGCAAGGGCAUGUCGCAGGACGACGCCAAACAAGCGUACGUAGAUAAGGUCCAGAAAAUGAUCGAGCAACACGGCCUGAAGUAG